GGCAACCUCCGUCUCUCCUCUUCCCCUCUUUUCCUCGAUUCACCAUGACGACUUCUCUGAGGAAGAACCGCAAAAAGCGCGGCCACGUGAGCGCCGGCCAUGGCCGUAUCGGCAAGCACAGAAAGCAUCCCGGUGGUCGCGGUAACGCCGGAGGCAUGCACCACCACAGGAUCAUGAUGGACAAGUACCAUCCGGGUUACUUCGGCAAAGUCGGUAUGCGUUACUUCCACAAGUCCAUUAACAAGUUCCAUUGCCCACACAUCAACCUUAACGAGCUCUGGUCGCUGGUUCCCGCCGACGUUAAGGAGAAGGCCAGCGGUGCCGGAUCCGCUCCCGUGCUCGACGUGACCAAGUUCGGGUUCUUCAAGGUGCUCGGCGCCGGCGAGCUGCCAUCGCAGCCGUUGAUCGUGAAGGCGAAGCUGUUCAGCAAGCUGGCGGAGCGGCGGAUCAAGGAGGCCGGCGGUGCUGUCCAAUUGACGGCGUAA